CCGGACAGCGCUGCAGCGUCACCGUCGGUGCUCCGUCACCCGGGAUCACCCGCGGGGACAGAGAAUAUCAGCCCGCCUCCCUAUUAUAAUCCCGCCCCAAUCUCGUCUCCAUCUCGAUCUCGCCACCACUCCCCCAUUUCCACUCCCCUCCCGGAUCUCGCCGAUUCGCCAUGGCGGCCUCCACCAACGGCUCCUCGCCGCCGGUGCUCAAGUUCCUCAUCUACGGCCGCACCGGCUGGAUCGGGGGCCUCCUCGGCAAGCUCUGCACCGCGCAGGGCAUCCCCUUCGCCUACGGCGCCGGCCGGCUCGAGAACCGCGCCCAGCUCGAGGCCGACAUCGACGAGGUCGCGCCCACCCACGUCUUCAAUGCCGCGGGCGUCACCGGCCGCCCCAACGUCGACUGGUGCGAGACCCACCGCGUCGAGACCAUCCGCGCCAACGUCUGCGGCACGCUCACGCUCGCCGACGUCUGCCGCGCCCGGGGCCUCGUGCUCAUCAACUACGCCACGGGCUGCAUCUUCGAGUACGACGCGGGCCACCCGCUCGGCUCGGGGGUCGGGUUCAAGGAGGAGGACACUCCCAACUUCGUUGGAUCGUUCUACUCCAAAACCAAGGCCAUGGUUGAGGAACUGCUGAAAAACCACGAAAACGUGUGCACCCUUCGUGUAAGGAUGCCUAUUUCAUCUGAUCUGUCCAAUCCUCGCAAUUUCAUCACAAAGAUCACCCGGUAUGACAAGGUUGUGGAUAUCCCAAAUUCAAUGACAAUAUUGGAUGAACUUCUUCCCAUCUCAAUCGAGAUGGCGAAGAGAAACCUCACCGGAAUCUGGAACUUCACUAAUCCUGGUGUGGUGAGCCACAAUGAGAUACUGGAGAUGUACAGAGAUUACAUCGACCCAAACUUCUCCUGGAAGAACUUCAACUUGGAGGAGCAAGCCAAGGUCAUAGUCGCACCGAGGAGCAACAAUGAACUUGACACUGUUAAAUUGAAGACCGAGUUCCCAGAACUUUUGUCAAUCAAGGAGUCGCUGAUAAAAAACGUGUUCAAACCAAAUCAGAAGACGUCCAAGGCUUGACCAAACGGAGCAGUCUGCACAGAGCCUUAUGUUGAUGUUAUUUGUUCGACAUACAUUUAUAUCGCUCGCCGGUGCUAAUCCAAUAAGCAUGCAUGGUGUUUUAUUCUGUCCCUGUCCUGUGCAGGCAUUGUUGUUGCAGGAGAUAGUUUCUCGUAGGAAGUCACACCCAUUGCCAUUAUCAGAUUGUUACACAGAACACUCUACAUGGUGUUACUAUUGUAUCCUAUGAAUACGGUGGGAGAUGGACCAAGUGAGGAGCAAGUUCCUCUGUUGUAUUGUAUCACAUAACUGGAGUAUAUCAUUUUUAUAAAGUUCAGUAGGAGAUUGCUUUGGACCCUGCAA